UAAGGCAAAAUGACAGGAGUUUGAUUCUGUGUAUAUAUUUUUUUCCACUCGUGAAGCAUAAUAGCUUUCCGCCCUGAAAGAGUGUUAAGUUAUAUGCGGUACUUAACUACAAAUAAAUCACAUGGACUACUAGUUAGCUGGUUAUCGGUUUGUCGUGGUAUUUCCGGUUUUAAUAAUGCCCACGGUAAGACUAACGGAUGCAAACAUAACCACACUGCACUGCUACUGCUGUAUAAUCCAGGAGCGAUCAGGUCACGUCAUACGCUGAGCAAGUCAUCAUGUAUAGUACCCGGGGUAUAUCUGAGAUGUCCUCUUGUCCCAUGAGCAGCAGCAGCAUUACAGGUCUCCUGUCUGCGCUCUGCGACCGCAGCCUGUCCGGAGUGUCAUGGAAGCGGCGCUCUUUUGGAGGCGUCUCCCGUGUGGGGCUCCACCGCGCCCUCCGAAGACGUGCGUACGCCACGCUGCUUUCCAAACUUUUCCAGGACAGCUCGGCCAAACCCUCCUCAGCGAUGGCAAACGCGUUAGCCGACACACCCCCUUACAACAAAAUGCUCAUGAUCUCCUUCGAGCUGCGCGUCUCAGGUCGUGCCGAGGAUGCGGAAAGGCUGGAGUGCCUGCUGGGACAGCUGCGUGAAGCAGGCCGCUCCUCCGGUCUGACUGAGCUUGACUCGGUGCUGGAGCUCUUGGCACAGCUGGCAGGUUCAGGUCCUCCACUCGUGUCCUCGUUCAGCAGGGACUGCAUGCGGCGUGAACGGCCCGUGCUGCGCAGACCCGCGCUGCAGGGUUACCUCAGCGAGGAGCUGCAGAGGCUGGAGAGCAGGACCUGGGCUCUGGUGCUUGAGGAGGAAUGGGGAGCGUUCAGGGGUGUUUGGAGGACUCUCAGCGUAUUGGACGCUCCACCAGGGACUGGAUUGUUUGGUUUGGAGAGGAGGCUGGACGGAGAGGAGAGGUUUGAGAGAGACACCAGACUGUCUCUGUUUGGAGCGCUGCAGCACUCGCGGACAGCAGAUCUGGACGUCCGGCUGGACUUGCCGCCAGUCCCCAGUAACGCAGAUGUCAUGGGACUCAGUAUACGGGUUCCUCAGGGUUUGGAUCAGUCUGAGGAUGAAGGAUUCCAGUCUGCCUCCAAUCUGACUCCCGACUCGCAGUCUGAGCAGAGCCCCAGCCCGGAGCCUGACAUGUGGGAGGCCUUGCGCACUUUUGUUCCUGCGAGACGUCGCUGCUGGGAAAACGUGGGCUGUCCUCCAGGUCAGAAGGAGCCUCCAUACCUGACCGAAGCAGGCAGAGAGGCAUUCGAUCGGCUGUAUCGGCUCUGGGAAGGCGAGAUGAGGAACAUGCUCUCCUCUCAUACUCCCUCUCCUCUCCUGCCCCUGCCUCUGGACUGCCAGACGCAGCUAGUUAAAGACCUCCUCAACGUGCUUAUAGGCGUGGCGUCUGUUACUUUCCCCCUCAAUGAGUCGAGCGUUCAGUUUGACGUCCGUGCGGACGUGUGCGUGUCGGGAACGUCCCCGGAGAGCGUGUCGCGCCUGUUAGAGGAGCUGGCGCGGUACGGCACACAUUACCUUCGGCUGAGCCGCUUCUCUCUGGGCUCUGCUGAUAAGAAAGGCCUGGUGUUUCAGGCGUUUACAGGUGGCCUGCGGCGCUAUCUGCACUACUACAGAGCGUGUGUACUAAGCACACCCGCAUCUCUCAGCCUCCUCACCAUCGGCUUCCAUUUCCGCAAGCUGGGCCGGCAGCUUAGGUACCUCGCAGAGCUGUGCUGCGUGGAUGGUGCUGCCGGUGCGCGCCAGGCUGCGUUCCCUGUGGGUGUGAAGCUUCUCUCGUACCUGUAUAACGAAGCACAGAGCAACUGCAGUAACGAGAACUACCCUGUGCUGCUUUCUCUGCUCAAGAGCAGCUGCGAGCCUUACACACGGUUUGUAUCGGACUGGAUGUACAGCGGAUUCUUCAGAGACGUGUAUAAAGAGUUCAUGAUCCAGGUGAACGAGGACUACCUCAGCUACAGAGAUAAGCAUUUCUGGGUGCAGGGCUACACUCUGAUCUCGCAGGACGCGGAGGACUGCGUGCCCGUGUUCCUCCGUCACAUCGCCAACGAUGUUUACGUCUGCGGAAAAACCAUCAACCUGCUGAAAAUCUGUUGCCCACAGCAUUAUAUCUGGUCGGAGGUGCCUGUGCCACGCAUCGCCGUGACAUUCUCUCUGCGGGAGGUGGAGGAAAUCGAGAGAGAUUGCGCCGUGUACCGCGGCCGCAUGGAGACCAUCGCCAAACACAGCGCCAUCAGCAGAGAGGAGCAGGCGUUGCGUACCGAGCUGGCACGCCAAGAGCUCAUCAAUCAGGUCAGAGAGUCAGCAGCCAAGACGCUGGAGAGCAUCCGAGGCCACCAGCUGUCACAGCGUCUGGCUGAGGAGGCUAAGAGGAGAGAGCGCUUUGAAGAGCUGAGGCAUCAGCUAGAACUCGACCAAGAGUGGCGAAAUGCUGUUAAAAUGAAGCAGCAAGAGGAUGACUACAGUUUUGCCCGAGAGCUUAGAGACAGAGAACAGAGGCUGCAGGCCCUCGAGGAGCAGCUGGAGCGCAGGGCACGCAUGGACCUGAUAGCGCAAUACAGUCGUCUGUCUGAGGAGGCAGCUAAGAAAGAGCGGAGGGCAAUGUGGAAAGUACAGAGGUUGAGACUACAUGAAGCCCGAGUAAACUUCCUAGAGCAGGACCAACACACCAUACAGGUUCUGCUUGUGAGAUAUCCUUUAGGACAAGAAUGCCCCAUUCAGGAUCCAGCUCUUACAAAGAAACCACCUCAGGAUCAGCAGGAAUCCCACACUCCUGAGAUACAAAUGAAAAAUCUGACCAUGAAGCAAGAGCUCACUGCUCUUUCUGAUUCAACUCUGCCUCCUCCUUGCCCUCCUGCAGUUCUCCCCCCCUCCACCAGGAACUUCGAUGCUCUGAUCUCUGAUCAAAAUGACAUUACAGACUUCCUCACAAAACCUCCACAUCCCAUGGACAGUACGGCAGUAACCCAGGCUCUACAGGACAUCGGCUGUGACCUGUCCGAAUUCUCUAAAAACCCUGAUUCAGACUAUGACUUCUCCUCCCCCUACAGCCCUCUGGAAUGCCUUAGGCCCCAGUCCCGCUCUGCUCAUCCCUCCCUCUCCCACCAAGUCCCAGAGCCUGGGGCAAGUCAACAUGGCCAUCCUUCACAGAAUUCACGUCAUCUGGAGGAUAAUGCUGCCUCGGGGCAUACGUCGUACGCUAGUCCGAGUGAAUUACAGCCAGCGAAAGAGACACAAGAGCAAAAUGUGGCCACAAAUAAAUGUCAGGAGACAAAUAAACUGCCUAAAGAGAAGAUGUUAAAUGAAGAACAGAAGGAACCUUCAGCAUGUGCUGUGGAUUUGGAGCCAAAACCACCAACGGAUAGUAUAGCAGAGGAGGCCAAAGCUAGUGAGCAGCUUGCUCAGCCCCUUCGGACAUCAGCUGAGCAAAUUCCAAUAGAUCUCACUCUGAUCACUGGCAGUAGCCAAGACUCUGAUCUCCAAAGCAAAUCUAAGAACAAUGUCUCAGGGGUAGCUAGUGUUUCCUCCUCCAAUACUGCCCAGGGUCAUUCUAUUAAUGCUGACAUAAGGACUGGCGGGCUUGUUUCUGAUGCUACCGUGGUCAUUCCCUCACCCAGUAUCCAUGGUCAUGCUUCUGAUGCUCAUAUUAAGGUUGGAGAGCAUGUUUCUGAGGUUACCAUGGCUGUUCCCUCCAGAAAUAUCCAUGGUCAUGUUUCUGAUGCUAAUAUUCAAGUUGGAGAGCUUGUGUCUGAUGUUACCAUGGCUGUUCCCUCUCGAAAUGUCCAUGGUCAUGCUUCUGAUGCUAAUAUUAUGGUUGGAGAGAAUGUUUCUGAGGUUACCGUGGCUGUUCCUUCCCGAAAUAUCCAUGGUCAUGCUUCUGAUGCUAAUAUUAUGGUUGGAGAGCUUGUGUCUGAUGUUACCAUGGCUGUUCCCUCCAGAAAUAUUCAUGGUCAUGCUUCUGAUGCUAAUAUUAUGGUUGGAGAGAAUGUUUCUGAGGUUACUGUGGCUGUUCCCUCCAGAAAUAUCCAUGGUCAUUCUUCUGAUGCUAAUAUUAUGGUUGGAGAGAAUGUUUCUGAGGUUACCGUGGCUGUUCCCUCCAGAAAUAUCCAUGGUCAUGCUUCUGAUGCUAAUAUUAUGGUUGGAGAGAAUGUUUCUGAGGUUACCGUGGCUGUUCCCUCCAGAAAUAUCCAUGGUCAUGCUUCUGAUGCUAAUAUUAUGGUUGGAGAGAAUGUUUCUGAGGUUACCGUGGCUGUUCCCUCCAGAAAUAUCCAUGGUCAUGCUUCUGAUGCUAAUAUUAUGGUUGGAGAGAAUGUUUCUGAGGUUACCGUGGCUGUUCCCUCCAGAAAUAUCCAUGGUCAUGCUUCUGAUGCUAAUAUUAUGGUUGGAGAGAAUGUUUCUGAGGUUACCGUGGCUGUUCCCUCCAGAAAUAUCCAUGGUCAUGCUUCUGAUGCUAAUAUUAUGGUUGGAGAGAAUGUUUCUGAGGUUACCGUGGCUGUUCCCUCCAGAAAUAUCCAUGGUCAUGCUUCUGAUGCUAAUAUUAUGGUUGGAGAGAAUGUUUCUGAGGUUACGGUGGCUGUUCCUUCCCGAAAUAUCCAUGGUCAUGCUUCUGAUGCCCAUAUUCAAGUUGGAGAGCAUGUUUCUGAGGUGACCACACCCACUGACUCCCGUAGCGUCCAUGGUCAUGUUUCUGAUGCCCAUAUAAAAAAAGGAGAGCUGGUUUCUGAGAUUCUUACUCCUCUACCUUCACAAAAGAUCCAUGGUCAUGCUUCUGAUGCUUAUAUUAAGGUUGGAGACCAUGUUUCUGAGGAUACCAUGGCUGUUCCCACCCCAAAUAUCCAUGGUCAUGCUUCUGAUGCUUAUUUUCAAGUUGGAGAGCUUGUUUCUGAUAUUACAGUGGCUGUUCCCUCUCGAAAUGUCCAUGGUCAUGCUUCUGAUGCUCAUAUUCAAGUUGGAGAGUUUGUUUCUGAGGUGACUUCACCCACUGCCUCUCGCAGUGUCCAUGGCCACGUCUCUGAUGCCCAUAUAAAAAUAGGAGAGCUGGUUUCCGAUGUUCUUACUCCUCUACCGUCACAAAAUAUCCAUGGUCAUGCCUCUGAUGCUCAUAUAAAGAUUGGUGAGCAUGUUUCUGAGGUACCUACCUUAACCCCUUCACCUAAUAUCCACGGCCAUGCCUCUGAUGCUCACAUAAAGGUGGGUGAGUAUGUCUCAGACGUUGCUCUAUCUCGCCCUCGUUGGAGCAAACAUGGCCACUCUUCAGACAGCACUCUUAAGGUUGGCUGUCUGAUGCCGAAAGCUCAACCAACACAUUCCCCAUUGCCAGGCAGUGCUUAUGGUCACUCCUCAGACUCCACACUAAAGGUCGGCUGUGUCGUAUCUGGUUCAGACCCGGUGCUUUCCCCACUCCCUGGUAGUGCCUAUGGGCAUUCGUCAGACUCGACACUGGGUGUGGGGUGUGUGGUGAUGGGGCCACAGGUCCCUAAGCAGCCGCCUCUCCCGGGUAGUGCCUAUGGGCACUCGUCAGACUCGACACUAGGCUUGGGGUGUGUGGUGAUGGGGCCACAGGUCCCUAAGCUGCCCCAUCUCCCGGGUAGUGCCUAUGGGCACUCGUCGGACUCGACACUGGGCGUGGGCUGUGUGGUGAUGGGGCCACAGGUCCCUAAGCAGCCCCCUCUCCCUGGUAGUGCCUAUGGACAUUCCUCUGACUCUAGCCUGGGUGUAGGCUGUGUGGUGCAGGGGAUCAGGCCUGGAAGCUCUUAUAGUGAAGACCCUCAGACAGGAUCCAAUCUGCCCCCAGACGACAAGAACAAGCAAGACAGCCAAGACGCACAGGCUGCUUCCCAAACUCAGCUGCUCAAUCUGGGUGAGGGUCUCGCUGCCUGGGCCCAGGGGUUAGGACUGUCCCCGUCCGAGAGACCAGAAGAUGACUACCUCCUCAAGCUGGCCUCUCAGUACCACGCUGAACAGUACGAGGAUUCCUUCAGGCAGAUGAUGUCAGCCCCCGACGCACAGCUCCUGCAGCAGGUGACCCGCGGGCCGAACGUUCUGCCAACGGACUCGUCUCUGCACUGUGCUACAGACUCUACUGCUGUGCAGCUCAGCGAGAUGAUGCCCCUCCCUGUACUCAUGAAACACUCUGUCACAACCCCACUCAUCACACAUUUGUCGAUGGUGAAUAAGGCUGUGGUGGAUUAUUUCUUUGUGGAGCUGAGCGUGAAGAAGCACUUUGAAGCUUUGAGGCACUUCUUACUGAUGGAAGACGGGGAAUUUGCGCUGUCACUUACAGACCGGCUGUUUGAGAAGUUGGGCAGUGGACAAACCCCUGGUGAGCUGCUGACUCCCCUGGUGCUGAACUCCAUCCUGAACAAGGCCAUGCAGUACAGCGUGCACGGCGACAGUGAGCUGGCCACUAACUUCACGUUUGCAUUACGCUACCUUCCCGAGGUGUUCCAUCCCCACGCUCCCGACUCACUCAACUGCCUCGAGCUGCGCUACAAGGUGGACUGGCCUCUGAAUAUCAUAAUAACGGACAGCUGUAUGAAUAAGUACAACCGGCUCUUCUCCUUCCUGCUGCAGCUCAAACACAUGGUGUGGUCUCUCAGUGAUGUGUGGUUUCAUCUCAAACGCACAGCUCUAGUAAAGGGAGCAGGACGCUCGGUGCAGUUCCGUCAGCUGCAGCUAUACAGACAUGAGAUGCAGCACUUUGUGAAGGUGAUCCAGGGCUACAUCGCGAAUCAGAUCCUGCAGGUCUCCUGGAGCGAGUUCACACAAAAACUCAACAGCGCCAACGACCUGGACGCCAUCCAUCACACACACGCAGAGUACCUCAACAGGGCCAUCUUCAGGGCUCUGCUGACGGAGAAAGCCGCUCCUGUGAUGAACAUCAUCCACAGCAUCUUCAGCCUGAUCCUGAAGUUCCGCGGCCAGCUGAUCGCUCAGGCCUGGCAGAGUCAGCAGGGUGAGACGGUGCACCCGAGCUUCGUCGCCAUGCAGCAGUCUUACAACACGUUCAAAUACUACUCGCGCUUCCUGUUCAAAGUGGUUUCCAAGCUGGUCGAUAAAGGCUACCAGCCUCAUUUAGAAGACUUUCUUCUGCGUCUCAACUUCAACAACUACUACAAGGACACGUGACGUUUUUUCCGCCUCUCGCUGAGAAAUGAUCAUGAAACGGAGUUUUCCCCGUCGCUUCUUCAGCCUCACGCCGAAGUCAUGAAAGGCUUUCUAUAUGCAAAUGAUCUGCUUCUAGCCAUUGUAGCUAUCCUGCAGUGAGAGUAUACAGUGCUAUAAGUAUUAUAGCUGUGUGUGUGUGUGCGUGAGAGAGAGAGAGAGAAAGGAAUGUGAUUAGCGUUUCACUUUUAUACAGUCGGUUCAGCACUCACCUGGCAUUCAGGAAUUUUCUCAGACUACUUAGUCCUGGAAUAAAGUUGACUCAAGCGUCUCUUCGCGUUUGUCUUCUGGACAUUGAGCUAAAUUUCCUGCGCAUGAACGAACAUCAGUGCCUGCGUACAUUCGGUCCAGCUUGUCCCAUUACUGCUGUGUUGCAAUUGAAAUAAAAUAAAGAAGCGGAAAGAUUUUCAAGAUUUUGUUUGUUUCCUCGACAGUAAAUGGACCGGAUACGUUCGGGCGAUUAAACGAUUGAACGUAUUUUCAAAUUAGAACGAAAUCCGGGAAGGUUUCGUUGAAUUACGUGGUUCGGUAUUUGAUGCCUGUUUAUAUUCUAUUCAAUAUAAAUAACAUUGUAACUCUGAACACUGUAACUCAUACACACGGUGGAACUGGAACAACAAUAAAGACUCGGCAGGGCUCUUCGA